AUGACUUUUUCAUGGAGGCGGAGGAGGGGGAAGAUCGCCGCGGCGAAGGCGAUCGGCCAAGAAAUGGAGCUCACGAUCCCCAGCCAUUUCCGUUGUCCGAUCUCGCUCGAUUUGAUGAAGGAUCCGGUGACGCUGUCGACGGGGAUCACCUACGACCGCGACAGCAUCGAGAAAUGGAUCGAAGCCGGAAAGGUAACAUGCCCCGUCACCAACCAGGUGCUGCGAAACUUCGAUCAAAUUCCCAACCACUCCAUCAGGAAGAUGAUCCAGGACUGGUGCGUCGCCAACAAAUCCUACGGCGUGGAGCGGAUCCCCACGCCGCGGAUCCCCAUCAGCCGCUACGAGGUUUCCGAGAUCUGCGCCAGAAUGGAGGCGGCGGCGCGCUGCGGCGACGCCAGAAAAUUACAGGAGCUGCUUGUGAAGACGAAGAAUUCCGCUAAAGAGAGCGAGCACAACAAGCGCUGCAUCGUGGCGAAUGGCGUGGGAUCGGCGCUAGCCGAAUCGUUCGAGUCCUUCGCGCGUUUUUCAGUUGAAGAGAAUGAAGACCUAAUCAAAGAGAUCUUAUCCGCGCUGACGUGGACGUUUCCGGCCGAUCGAGACGGCGUCUCGAGGUUAAAAUCUGCGGUUUCUCUACGUUGCAUGGCGCGGUUGUUGAAGGCCGAGGACGAUCUGUCGUCGAGGCAGAACGCGGUCUGUGUGUUGCGAGACCUGGUCUCUGCGGAUCAAGGGUGUAUCGAUGGCCUAAUGGGGAUUGAAGGAGUUGAGGAAGCUCUAUUUCAGAUUGUGAAAGUACCAAUUUGCCCCAAGGCCACCAAGGCAAGUUUGGUGGUGAUCAACUACAUGAUUUCCUCUGCAGACAAGGGUGAGAAAGCUGCAUUGAGAUUUGUCCAAAUGGGGCUCAUCUCAUUGAUUCUUGAAGUCCUUGUUGAUGGCGACAAAAGUGUUUGUGAGAAGGCUUUGGGUGUGAUGGACACCAUCUGCAGUUGUAAACAAGGGAGGGAGAGCGCAAACGAGAACGCGCUGACAGUCCCGUUGCUCGUGAAGAAGAUUCUGCGCGUCUCAGAUGUCGCCACAGAGCUCGCCAUCUCCACCCUUUGGAAGCUCUGCAUGGGGGAGAAUGAGAGUGCUCUGGUUGAGGCAGUGCAGCUCGGUGCUUUUCAGAAGCUCUUGGUUGUGCUGCAAAUUGGGAGUGGGGAAAGAAUUAAGGACAAAGUCACUGAUUUGCUCAAACUAAUGAAUCUGUAUAGAGAUAAGUUGGAUUGCUUUGAUUCCUCCAUGGGAUUUAAGUAUAUCAAAAGAUCAAACUAAACUUUUUUGUGUACAGAAAAUACAGAUACAGUCGCACAUUUUUGUAGAAUUCAUUCAAUUCUUUGUAAACAACACAGAAUUUCAAGAUUUGAUAAUGUUGUCAUA